UCAGAGACAGAGUCCACUCCACUGGUCGCUGUCUCCGCAAGUCCGCGUCAUUUGCAGCCAAAACCAUCGCCGCCUCGCCUCCCCUCUCUCCCCGUCCCCGUCGCCCUCCUCGAUCGACCGCAAGCCCGAUUCGAUUCGGUUCGAGCCGCCGCGGCCGGAAGGAAUCUCGCGGGCCAGAGGAGGAACAACCCCCUGGCCGAAUCGGCGAUGGCGACCCACCCGGCCUCCCCGACCGCCGGCGCCGGCGGCGACAGGUCGCCGUCCGGGCCGCCGCCGGUGCGCCUGUCCGCGGCGCAGGCGAUGGCGGCGAUCCAGCCCACCUCACCGCGGUUCUUCUUCUCCUCGCUGGCCGCGGCCUCAGCCGCGGCGUCCUCCCCGCACCGCCGCAUCGGCAUCGCGGUGGACCUCUCGGACGAGUCCGCCUUCGCCGUCAAGUGGGCCGUCCAGAACUACCUCCGCCCCGGGGACGCCGUCGUGCUGCUCCACGUCCGCCCCACCUCCGUGCUCUACGGCGCCGACUGGGGCUCCAUCCCGGUCUCCGUCGACGACGAGCCCGACGCCGGCAUCGCCGAGGGCGCGGCGCGCGCCGCGGCCGCCUCCGGGGAGGAGGAGACCGAGCCCGAGGAGGCGAAGAAGAAGCGGGAGGAGGACUUCGACGCCUUCACCUCCACCAAGGCGCAGGACCUCGCGCAGCCGCUCGUCGUCGCGCAGAUCCCCUUUAAGAUCCACAUCGUCAAGGACCACGACAUGAAGGAGCGCCUCUGCCUCGAGGCCGAGCGCCUCGGCCUCUCCGCCUUGAUCAUGGGCAGCCGCGGCUUCGGCGCAUCGCGCAGAGCCGGCAAAGGGAGGCUCGGGAGCGUCAGCGACUACUGCGUGCACCACUGCGUCUGCCCCGUGGUGGUUGUGCGCUUCCCGGAUGAUGCUGCGGGAGCUGGUUGCGGCCAUGCUUUCGGGGAUGAGCUGCGCACGGUGCCUGAAAAUGAACCUGUGUACCAUGAGGCCCCAGAGGCGCAGAAAGAGAAAUGAGGGAAAGAGCAGGGCACCCGGCCACGAGAAGGAGAAAGCAGAGGCCUUCACGUCGGCAGCUAGCCCUUGGUGUAUUAUGAGUGCCCGCUCCGGUGGCCACCCAUGCUCCUCUGCACCUUUGCGUUUGUAACAGAAACUGUAGAUCAUGGACGAUUCCCCGCUGUUUUUGCUUCUUGACGUGUUUCGUGUGUUGUUAGUAAAAUGAAAUGACUGUUUGCUGAGUGCA